GCUGUACGUACGAUCCACCAUCUCCGGAAAGAAUUCUCACGGCAGUACAGUAACAAUUUCGAGGGAUAUGGCAACACGCAUUGCUCAAGAUAUUCUGUGACGAGCAACAAGAAGUUCUGUUCCAGGAAGCACCUGGAACAGAAGAACCUCAAGGAACGGGACACAGACACCCAUGCACAAGCAAGAGUGACAAACGAGGCUUCAUCUUCAGAAAACAGGUACCCCUCUCUGGCAUGUCCUCUGUCCUGACUGGGAACCCUCGAAGACGGCCUCUCUGAAGACCCCCGAAGACAGGCCCUCUGGGGGGACAAACACCAACAGUUUACUCCUCAUGAAGGAAGAGGCGAGAGAUCCUUGUGUCCUUGAGUGAUCAAGAUCCAGCCCCUCGGAUUCACAACCUGAAGCGAUGCAGCUCUCACCAGAGUUCAGUGGUCAGAUCGUGAAAGUGAAAUCGGAGCCACCUGAUUUUGCCUGCCUGCCAGAAGAGGGCCAGGUACAGCAACAUCAGUGCAACGAGCCUUCACCAGGAGGCGAUGCUGAUGGAGUGACAUCUGGUACGUGUCACAUUAAAGAAGAACGUCGAGAGGAAUCUUCCAAUGAACAUCCAAUCAUAGAAGUGAAGACAGAGCCUUACAAUGUUGCAAUCAUAACAGAGCUGGACCAGAUGGGACGCAACUGUGAUUCAAUACCUGAAGACGCAAGAGGGAACACUGAUACGCUCCAUAUUCAGGACAAGCCUAAAGGCACUUGUGAUCAAGAAUACUCUAGUUGCGCUUCUUCAGGUGCACAGUUCAGCACAACAACAGUUGAACUGCAGCCCGACGGCACUGCACUAUUCACUAUGAAUGACCAACCCGCUGAGCGACAUCGAGACCAGAGCAAGCCACGUGCACUCGCAUGCAUGUCGAAUGCCAGCCUCGAAUGCCACAUGUUUGCAGAGUGUCACAAUGAGUCUGAAAAGUGUUCCACUCCUCCUCCGACGGAUAUACAGAUGGGAGAGAAGGGUUCUGGGUGCAACAUCUAUCCCUCUUCAUUCUCGUGGUCACGAAGUGACGACAACCAUGUGGCGAAGCAUACUGAGAAGAGGCCAUACAAGUGCGAUGUCUGCCCUGCGGAGUUCAGUCAGGGCGGGCACCAACGGCAGCACAAGCGAGCCCACACGGGCGAGAAGCCAUACAAGUGCGAUGUCUGCCCUGCAGAGUUCAGUCAGGGCGGGCACCUACGGCAGCACAAGCGAGCACACACGGGAGAAAAGCCACACAAGUGCGAUGUCUGCCCUGCGGAAUUCAGUAAGGGCGCGAACCUACGGCAGCACAAGCGAGCACACACGGGAGAGAAGCCAUACAAGUGCGAUGUCUGCCCUGCGGAGUUCAGUCAGGGCGGGCACCUACGGCGGCACAAGCGAGCACACACGGGAGAGAAGCCAUACAAGUGCGAUAUCUGCCCUGCGGAGUUCAGUCAGGGCGGGCACCUACGGCGGCACAAGCGAGCACACACGGGAGAGAAGCCAUACAAGUGCGAUGUCUGCCCUGCAGAGUUCAGUCAGGGCGGGCACCUACGGCAGCACAAGCGAGCACACACGGGAGAAAAGCCACACAAGUGCGAUGUCUGCCCUGCGGAAUUCAGUAAGGGCGCGAACCUACGGCAGCACAAGCGAGCACACACGGGAGAGAAGCCAUACAAGUGCGAUGUCUGCUCUGCGGAGUUCAGUUGGGGCGGAAACCUACGGCAGCACAAGCGAGCACACACGGGAGAGAAGCCAUACAAGUGCGAUGUCUGCCCUGCGGAGUUCAGUCAUAGCGGGAACCUACGGCGGCACAAGCGAGCACACACGGGAGAGAAGCCAUACAAGUGCGAUGUCUGCCCUGCGGAGUUUAGUCAGGGCGCGCACCUACGGCGGCACAAGCGAGCACACACGGGAGAGAAGCCAUACAAGUGCGAUGUCUGCCCUGCGGAGUUCAGUCAGGGCGGGCACGUACGGCAGCACAAGCGAGCACACACGGGAGAGAAGCCAUAGAAGUGCGAUGUCUGCCCUGCGGAGUUCAGUCAGGGCGUGCACCUACGGCAGCACAAGCGAGCACACACGGCAGAUAAGCCAUACAAGUGCGAUGUCUGCCCUGCGGAGUUCAGUCAGGGCGUGCACCUACGGCAGCAGAAGCGAACACACACUGAAGAGAAGCCAUACAAGUGUGAUGUCUGCCCUGCGGAGUUCAGUUGGGGCGGAAACCUACGGCGGCAUAAGAGAGCACACACGGGCGAGAAGCCAUACAAGUGCCACCUCUGCCACGCAGAGUUCAGCCGCAGCGGGCCCCUACAGCAGCACAAGCGGACACACACGGGGGAGAAGCCAUACAAGUGUGACGUUUGCCACGCAAAGUUUAGUUACAACGGGAAUCUACAGCAGCACAAGCGGACACACACGGCUGAGCAGCCAUAAAAUUGCAACCUCUGUCCUGCAGUGUUCAUCCACAACCCAAACUUGCGGUGUGAAACAUGUGCAGUCCCUGUCGUGUAGAAUAUCACAAGCAGACAGCCUGCAGUGAGAAACCACAAAGGAGCGUUCUCUGUUCUGCAAAGCUGAGGCACAGCACAAACCUGCAGUGAAACAAGAAGACCUACAUGGAUGUGAAGCCAUACAAGUGCAACCUCUGUGCUGUAGAGCACGAACGCACAAAGUUAGAGAAGCCGCUGCUAGAGCUAGUUCAGCCAGAGCAUGAACCUGUGACCUAACAUGCAGCCACGACACACUUGGGAUGGUGACCAUACAAGUGCUUAGAGGCCGCGUACACUUUAAAGUGCACCAGUCCUGGGCUGUCGCAUGUCCUUGAUGCAGACAUCUGAAGGAGCACAUGCUAAUGCACAGAUAGGCGAACGCUAUUCCGAUGCGAUCUGUAUUCCGCCGUAGUUUACUUGUGUUUCACAUUUAUGAAACUCUCACUCACAAACAGGCAGAGGGUAAAAAGAGGUGGUGACACAUGUGAAACGUAAACAAACAAACAACAAAGUGACAGCCAUACAAUGGCUCUGAACUGCUAACCAGUGUUUACUUCCAUGAAAAGCAUGCAUUGCAUUGCUUCCGUUUUGCCUCUGUGUUCCUUUCUUUAUUCCUUUCCUCUGUUUAUGAUGAAUGCUUCGUUUACGCCCUGCAUCUCCUCACCUGAUGACAUAAACGAAUAAGUCAACCCAAAGAAAUAAAAGAAUAUUUCUACAAGA